AUGGAGACUAAAAAAAAAGUAGCAUAUUUUUACAAUAAUGAAAUUGGAAAUUAUAACUAUGGUAAGCUGCAUUUGAUGAAUCCUAAGAGAAUUUCUAUGACUCACUCUUUGAUUGUUGGAUACGGAGUUUACAAAGAUCUUGAUGUUUAUACCACAAGAGAAGCAACAAAAGAAGAAAUUAUGCAAUUUCAUGAUUAAGAUUAUGUUGAAUACCUCUCUAACUAUGUUUCAAGCUCUAAGAUAGAUUUUCUGAAGAAAAAUGGAUGCAGUAUACCUUUAAUAGAUGAAGAUGCAAAAAAUGAUAGUGAUAAAAAGAAGUAAUAUGGUAUUGAUGUAUAAGCGGACUGCCCAGGUUUUGAUGGACUCUAUACUUUUAGUCAGCUCUCAACAGGUGGCUCUAUCGAUGCGGCUCAUUUGAUCAUAAAUAAUGCAGCUGAUAUUGCUAUUAACUGGGGAGGAGGUUUGCAUCAUGCGAAAAAAGGAGAAGCAUAUGGAUUUUGCUAUGUAAACGAUAUAGUUAUAUGUAUUCUUGAACUUUUAAAAGUCUUUCCACGUGUUUUAUAUAUUGAUAUCGAUGUUCACCAUGGUGAUGGUGUUGAAGAAGCUUUCUAUACAACUAACCGUGUAAUGACUGUAAGUUUUCAUGAGUUUGGUGAGGAUUUCUUCCCAGGGACAGGAGGAUUAAAUAGCAAUGGAGAAGGUUUAGGUAAAAACUAUGCAGUGAAUGUACCUUUGAGACCUGGUAUGGAUGACGAAAGUUAUGUUUAAUUAUUUAAAAAUGUCAUGAACAAAGUUAUGGAAGUAUAUAGACCUGAUGUUGUAGUAUUUUAAACAGGAGCUGAUAGCUUAGCAAAUGAUAAAAUAGGUCAUUUUAACCUUUCUAUAAAAGGUCAUGGAUAGUGCUUAACAUAUAUGAUGGGCUUUAAUGUACCUCUUGUAGUAUUAGGAGGAGGUGGAUACACUAUUUAAAAUGUUAGUCGUUGUUGGGCAUUUGAAACAGGACUGUUAGUUAAAAAAAGUCUUAAUGGUCCCAUACCUGUUGAUGACCCUUUCUUCCAUUUAUACGAAAAAUAGAAUGUGUUGCAUGUCCCUAUAUAGUAAGUAGAAAAUAAAAAUAGUAAAGAAGACUUAAAUAAAAUUUAAGAAGAAAUAUUCAAACAGCUUAAAGAUGUUGAAGCUGCUCCUGGAGUUCCCUUCCACACAGUUCCUCGCACAUUUUUGUAUGAUGAUGAGGAAUACUUUGAUGAGCAUGAAAUGGAUAAAAAUCAUGAUUAUGAUGGAAAUAACUAUGAUUAAGAUAAGCUCAACGAUUAUAUUAAUGGCUACCACUAAAUGGAUAUUGAGUAAAAUGAUUAGAAUGAAAUAAUUAGAAAGUCACCACUGCUCAUUGAAAAAAGAAAUAAAUUUAAUCAUAUUUGA